GCGCAACACUAUAAAAACGGUCACAUUGUUUCAUGAAAACAACCAUUCGGGAAAAUACUGCCACUAGAUCUACUUGAAUACAACCUGACCUCGAGAGCAAAAUGUUCGGGCAAAUAAUAGCAAUCCUCGCUAUGCUUGUUUUGUCAGCAGAAGCACAGAGUUCGGAAGCUGCGGCUUGUGCCGAAUGUAUGCACCUCAGUUACGAAUUAAGAAACGUACCGUCUUAUAUUGGUACACUUCUGGAUUCAAUGUUUUCCAGUAUGAUGAAUCCGGCAUGCGAAGCCAAUACCGUACAACCGCAAACAUGUGAACCUUUGCAGUUCCCUGCUUGGAUGGAGCACAAAUGCAUCUUUACACAAGUAACGCUGAUGGCUUCUAAUCUGAUAGGAUUGAUUCCAAACGCUGAAAUGGAUGUGACAGUUACAGUUAGAGGGGGCUGCCACGCGCAGUGGCAAACUGACAGUGAUGGAGACGGUUGUAUCAGUCUGUCGGAACUAGACGAAGCCACACAAGCCCAACUUACACAACAGCUUGCUUCACUUUCAGCACAAUGGGAAACCGUCACCUAUUCCGGUUCAGUUUGCAUGGAAUCACCUUGAACUUAUUACUUAUUGUUUUCGUCAAAUAGUCAAUAAGUUUUAUUUGAAAUAAGUCAUCUAAAUAUAUUAAGCUUUCUUGC